UUCAGGCCUGAAAACGAACCCACACAAAUGAGCAAACGGCCUCGCGUACAAGUUAUGUGUGCGCAGUAGGAGUCCUUAAAUGCAUACGGAGUUGCGGUGCUGUGGAGUUCUCUACAGCCAGUUCGGCAAGUCGUGCGCAACCUGGGCGGCGGGCCAGCCUGCCCGCCCGAGGCACGCCCAGGCAGCCCGCCGCCCUUCUCCCGUGGCAAUGGACGCUCCACCGCCGUUUAGCAGCGGCAAGGACACCCGGUACCCCUUUGAAGUGACAGUGCUGCAACAGGCGCUGCAAGACCCGCCCCUCGAUAAGCAGCUGGGUGUACACAUUGCGCACGUGGUAGCGGCGCGGGAGGGCCCGGCCAGCGAGGUGCUGGCGGAGCAGCUCGGCGUGCCGCGGGACCUGGUGCUGCGGCUGUUGUGGUUCGGGGCGCUAUACUACAGCCCUGUGGCGCCCCUGCCGCACCCCGACCGCAUGGCUGGACUGGCCCAGGAGCAGCUGGACCGCAUCCACGCCGUGCGGGCGGAGGGGCUGGCGCGCUGGGGCCGGGACUCCAAGUUGCAGACGGCGCGGCGCCUGAGCAGUGACGAGGUGGUGGCUGCGGGCGGCUACCUGCGCGCGCACUGCCACCCCAAGCGCUUCCCUGUGGCGCACUCGCUCAAACGGGAGGACUGGGCGCCGCGGCUGCUGGCGGUGCGGGAGGACCAUGUGGUUGUGAGCAAGCCGCCCGGGCUGCAGGUGCCGCCCACAGUGGACAACGUGCAGGAGUCACUGUUGGCAUGUGUGGAGAGGGCGCUGUCGCUGCCGGCCGGCACGCUGCAGCCCGCCCACCGGCUGGACGCGGGCACGGAGGGGGUGGUGGUGCUGGUGCGGGACAGCCCCGCCUUCGCAGCCUACUUCCGGGGGCUCAUGGCUGACAAGGCCACGAGCGAACGUGUGCGCAAGACGUACCGCUGCCUUGUGUCCGCGCCGCCUCCGGCGAACCUCUUCCCGCCUGGCGGCACGCUGCUGGAUGAAUCGGAGGUGGAUGCCGCCGGGGCAAGUGCAGUCACGUCUAGCCAGGCUACUAGCAGUAGCAGUCGCAGCAGCAGUGGCUGCGGCGCUGCCGGACGGCUGGUGCACUGGGUGCUCGAGGACCAGCGGGCGGCGGGCGAGAUGGCGCACACGGUGGUGGUGGACGAGGGCACCGCUGGGGCGCAGCGCUGCGAGCUGAAGCUCAAGCAGGUGGAGCGGGUGUGGCUGAACGAGCAGGCGGCAGUGCUGUGGGGCAUUGGGUCGGACUCGCGCACCACCACGUCUGGUGCCGCCGCUGGGCCCGGCCCCGCGGCGUACGAGGUGACGGUGGAGCUGGUGACUGGGCGCACGCAUCAGGUGCGGGUGCAGAUGGCGGCCAUCGGCUGUCCGCUGCUGGGUGACCACCUGUAUGGAGCGCUGGCGGCGCAGGGCCGACUAAGGCGGCAGCAGGAGCAGCAAGGACAGCAUCAAGGCGAUGCAGAAGGGCAACAUGCAGCAGGGAGCGGACAUCGUGUACAGAGUGGAGAGGCGGCGUCAGGGUCGGGACAAGCUCACACGGCGCCACCGGCGCCAGCCCGUGGUUCUGUGGCGGAGUGGUGCCGCCCAGCGCUGGAGCAGCAGCUCGCACCUGUAGCACUGCAGGCGCACUCGCUGGAGGUACUGGAGGAUGGCCCCAUGGGCGCCGCGCCCGUCCUGCAUUGCGCGGGCACACCUUGGUGGCGCUGAGUGAAUCUCAACGUGGCUGGCCUCGGUGGGCGGCGUCAGCAGCGCCUGCGCCAGCCCGGCGGUGGACGCCACGGGGGUGGCGCUGGGAGCACAGGUAGAGGCGUUAGUUGUAAGUUAUAAUACGUAUGGGAUGGGGGCCGAGACGUCGUGGAGCAGCAAGGCAAGCGGCGCCGGUGAUAAAUGUCGCCGCCCGGGCUCGAUGGCACGCACAACAGCACAGGACAGACAUGCGGAGACGUGUGUGUUGGUGGCGCUGAGUGAAUCUCAACAUGUUUGGAUGUGCUGACUGGUGGGCGGAGGGCGCGGUGGGGUCGCACCUAUUUUGCAUGCUCGGCCGCUGGAGAGGGCGGGGAAAGCGGCACGCACCAGCUUCGCAGCACCGGCCAUUAACCACAUGAAAUUCGAUUGCGAUGUUAAAUAUGCUGUAAAUUUGUUGGAUC